AUGGGCGGCUCUGCCUUUUCCGUUGGCGCUUCUCCGCUAUGCACACCGCGUAUGCCGCCUCGCAUCUACCACGCGCAGAAGCAACGUUGCGAGGCACUGCUGCGACAGCUCUACGUGCACGUCGACUCUCCCAUUGACGGGCCCGGCAAGACCGACUUUGGCGAUGUUGACUUUCUCGUGUUUCAGCGGCGAGAAGAUGCCCCAGUCGCGCCGCCGCACCUCGAAAACACCAAGCCCGCGUCGGAGCUGAUCCACGAGGUGGCGACGCUGCUCGGCUCAGAGCGCACCAUUGUCACCACCGGCGCAGCCUCGAACCUUGCCAUCCCGUGGCCCGCCGACCAAGUAUCCGAGACGGACACUGAACAGCCAAGGUACAUUCAGGUCGACGUCCGCAUAUCGCCCAGCCUGGAGUCGCACAGAUGGAUGCUCUUCAAGCACGCCCACGGCGACAUCUGGAACCUCGUCGGCUCGCUGGUGCGGCCGUACGGGCUCACCAUUGACGACACGGGCAUGUUCAUCCGCAUCCCCGAGGUCGAGGCCGUCUACAAGGCGCGCGCCAAGGUCCAUCUCACCUCGGACCCGGACCGCGUGCUCGACUUUCUCGGGCUGCCUCGCACGGGCGACUACGCGCGGAUCUGGGUCGACGAGCCCUUUGUCGACCUCGACGCCAUGUUCGAGUACGUCACCCACUGCCGCAUGAUGUACAUAACGCCGUCCGCCACGGGGCCGCCCGACCAGGCCAACCACGACGAGGGCCACAACCUGCUGAAAGACGUGCAGAACCUAAAGCACAACGACCGGCAGCGCAUGCGCCAGCGGCCUGGCUUCAGGCGCUGGAUCGAGGAGUUUGUGCCCAGGUGCCGCCGCGAGGGGCGCUUUACAGUCCAGGGCACCAGCAGAGGCAGGAUCACCGACGAGGCGCUGGAGCAGUUUGGCGUGGGAGAAGAGUUUGAGCGCCGGCGACGCGAGUUUCUGCUGGAAAAGCAGCGCGAUUAUAUCUGGAACGGCAUCAUCAAGACGGAGGUUCCAGGUCUGGAACCUGGCGAGACGGACCAGCAGGCCAUUACGGCCCGGGCGUGUCUGGUCAAGGGCCUCAAGCGGAUUAUCCUGGAGCGGGAUGCGAGCUAUGGGGUUGAGUUUGACGAGGACAUGGUAGGUGAGGAUGGGUUUUAUAAGCUGGAUGAGGUGAGGCGGUUUAUUGAGCGGCACAAGGAUGAGGUGCGGGAAGCGGCCAUGGUGAGGCAGCAUGCGGCGUUUAUGGAGAGUCUGGAGAAGAAGAGCAAGGCGAAACUGGAAAAGGCGGAAAAGUAG